AUGCGGUUCUUAACUUCACUGGUAAUCUUAGCAUGGGCAACUGCUGCCUCUCGCGAAGAGGUGACUCAUAAGGAGAACGUCUCGAUGAGGGAAGCCGCCAAAUAUGUGAAGUCACCUCGCGCUCACAAAUUGGCCAACAGCACCGACCAGGAUUUCCAUAGGGUAUUCGGAUCCGUCCAAAGUGCCUGGCAAAGGCACUCAGGCACGGGAAUGCGAACGAUAUCCUUGUCGUCUCUGGCCGAGAACUCGGACAAGGUGCAAGAAUGGCUCUCACUCCGGGAAGGGAGCGCGGCUGAUCGUGGAUCGCAGGAGUUGUGAUACCACAAGGCUUGUUGAGCAUUUCUGUA